AUGGCACGGGAUAUGUCGGAUAAAGAGAUCCUCAAAAUGGAGCUGGAUCAGCUCCAGAAGGAGGUGAAAACUGAGAGGAUGCCGGUGUCGGUAACAGCGAAGGAGCUGUCAGACUGGGUGGAAGGCCAGGUUGGGGAAGACCCCCUAGUGAAAGGCAUACCAGAGGAUAAGAAUCCCUACAAAGAGAAGGGUGGCUGUAUAAUAUCCUAG